CGGAGCACAACGUGUUGUCGCCUCUAGUGUGCGUCGUUGAAAAUGGACGACACAAGAAUACAAUGGAUAGCUAAGCAAGUGUGUCUUGGACUCAAUGUUAACAGCGAAGCGGCGUUCGAAGAUCUCAUUCGGCGGGAAAAUGGAAAAAACCGCGUUGACAUUGUGCAGUUCUUAGAUCAGACAGUUCCAAGAGACAACUUGUCACUGUUGUUUUAUGCUCUUGAUAUUGAAGAAAAAAUCGAAGUAAAGCUGGGAAUCGAUCGGGAAGGUGAUGAAGCUGACGCUCCCGGCACACCACAGAGGCCUGAAGGUUCAAGUAGUUCUGUCUUGACUGCCAAUUCUGCUGCAGCUGCUGAUAGUGGAGACAGUGUUUCCCCGGGAGAGGGGAGGGGGAAUGGAGAGGACAACACGCCUGCUGCAGCGGCUGCUAUGCUGACUCGUAUUGAGACAGUGAUUGUUCAGAAGCUUUUUAUUGCAUGGCAACACCUGCCAGAAGAUGCAGCAGAUGGGAAUGCUUUCUAUUUUAUUAAGCAUGAUGAGGGUCCAGUGACCAAGCCAAGCAGCAUCGAUGAAGCAGAUGAUGUAAUGUGUACUCAUCUUGAGUAUGGUCUCUUGAAUGCUCCUCCAUUGUCCACAUUAGAACAAGUACUAGAGCUGGUGUAUGAGCCUCUCAUGUCAGCCAUGUCUCAAAGACAGGGAAUUCCUGAUCUUGGAUACUUCGGUUCUCAAGGUGUCGGUGCAGGAGGCUCAUCUGGUAGACAAGUAGAAAGUCAGCAAAGUGAUGCUCGAGUUGGUAGGAUUGUGAUUCGGGAUGAACUUCUCAUGAAUGUGAGAAAAUUUUUAUCUCAAGUGGGUCACACUAUUCGACAAGUGGAAGGAGAAGUGAAGCUGGACAUUCCAGAUGUUGAGAUUAAACCAGCUGUUGCUGAGGCUUGCAAGGAAAAUGAGGUGGUGUAUCAACUGGAACUGGCACUUGAGAACUGGGAGAAGACUAUUGUGUCUGCAGUUGAACACCAGAUCAGACGUCAGCCUCAAGGAAAUGGUGCUAUGGCUGAGGUUGAUUUCUGGCGAGAGAGAUGCUCUGCUCUGAGUGUUUUAUCGGAACAGCUACAGCUGCCCACAAUACAAAAAAUGCUUGCUGUGCUGAAAGCAGCAGAUGUGACUGGUUUGUCUAGCUUUGAAUAUAAUCUUGGUGAGCUAAACAAAUACCAGACAGAGGCAAAGGACAAUGUUCGCUUUCUUUCAACUCUUGAGCGUCAUUUUAAAAAUAUCUCUCAGGGUGCAACGUUUCAUAUUAUUAUGGAGACUAUUCCAUCCAUGAUGAAUGCACUCCGCAUGGUGUGGAUUAUUUCACGUCAUUACAACUGUGAUGAACGUAUGGUUCCACUGAUGGAACGAGUUGCAUGGGAACUAUCCCAACGUGUGGCCAGGGUUAUCAACAUCAGAACAAUUCUUCACGAGUCACCAUCCGACAUCAAACUUAAAUGUUCUGAAGCAAAACAAACUUUAGAAGUGUGGAAGCAGUCGUAUCUUGAUACAAGGGCUAAGAUUGAAUCAUCAGGUAGAGAUGCAAGGUGGGAGUUUGAUCGAAGGCGUUUGUUUGAGCAAACUGAUUACAUGGCCACUAUUUGUCAGAGUUUAUAUGAUGUUGCUCAAGUCAUAGAAGAGUUUCAUAACAUUUUUGGUACAGAACUAAAAGCUGUGACUGGUGAUCCUAAAAGCAUUGAAGAAGUCCUACAGAGAGUAGAAUCUCUGAAAGCUCCUCUUCUGACAGUGGAAUUUGACCCUUUUGAUCAACGACAUCAGUUUGCUUGGAAUCAUAAGAUGGACACCUUCCAUCAGAAGGUUGUAGCAAUUGAGAACAAAGCCAAACACUUUAUUGAUGAUUCAUUUAAAACCCUACGCUCAGCAGAAGGUGCAUUUGACAUGCUACAAAACUUCAAGAAUAUUCGUUCUCGUGAGGCAAUCAAUCGGCAGAUGAUGAUGAAGUUUAAAGAAAUUGUUAUGACAUUCUGUCGUGAGGUUGAUGCUACAAACGAGUUGUUUGAGAAACAGAAGGCUAAACCGCCAAUUGCUCGAAACCAACCACCGGUUGCAGGAGCCAUCAGUUGGUCUAGAUCCCUCUUCUAUCGCAUCAAACGUACUGUUCUCAAAUUUCAAAGUAUGAAGGACAUGUUGGCUGGAAGUGAGGAGGGAGUGAUGGCAAAAAAUAAAUAUCUCUUUGUGGCAAGAAACAUUAAGGAAUAUGAAGAUGCUUUAUUUGAAAGUUGGUUGACCAGCAUUGAGGGUAGUCUAGGUGGCUACCUGAAGAGGACAAUUCUUGUAGAGUUGCCGGAUGAACAGCUUGGUCGCAAAGAAGGAGAGCAUGGUAGUCCAGAAGUGGCUACUAUUAUGAGCACAUCUUCGGUUCACACAGUUGGUCCACGAUAUGGUGUUAAUUUUGCUGUUGAAUUGCAACAGAUCAUCACUGAAACAAAGUAUCUUGAACAGCUUGGAUUUCAGGUGCCUGAACUUGCUCGAAAUGUUGCACUUCAAGAAGACAAAUACAUUUUCUACGUAGAUGGGCUGAAACAGACAAUUGCUCGUUAUCAUGACACGUGUGCUUCUUUGUCCCCUUCUGAGCAGCUGCUACUUCGUGACCAACUUUACGAGCUGCAACGUGUACUUCGUCCUGGGGGUAAACGAUUGAAUUGGAAUUCACUGGGCAUCUCAGAUUACAUCUCACGAUGUGAUCAGGCUAUCACCAAAAUGGAGUCUCUUGUCAAUCAGAUUCACAAGAAUGCACAUGAUAUUGAGGUACGUUUACAGCUGAUCGAGCUAGCUGAUGUCUUUCGUUCUCCUCCACUUGGAACUGCCGGCACUCUUCCUGAUGCCAAGGAGUACUUUGAUUGUAUUGAGAAGAACAGAGCAAUGGUAAUUAAUGCUCUUGCAAGAAAGUACCAUGCUAUUGGUCCUCUCCUGACCAAGGUUGAAGGUUUAGUUGUCAACACAAACACUGGGCAGUCUCCCCGUCUUGUUCCAUAUUAUCUCUACUGGGAACGCAGAGUGUUUGACUCUCUCUCUACCAUGAUGUACAAGAACUUAGAAAUGUUUUUGAGUCGACUGGAGAGAGACUCACCUCUUUUUGUAGUCGAUGCUAUACUCUCAGCUCCUGAGAUAAUCACAUCACCACAGGCUAAAGAAUUGUACAAGCUAAUGACUCAAUGUGUUCGUGAUGCUGUAGAGAGUGUUCAUGUGUUUAAACGUUGGAUGCAUGGAACUUGUAUUGAAUGUGAACCACAGCAUGUCGAUGGCCAAGAUGAACCAUACGUCUUCAGUUUUCUCAAAGACAUACAGAGUCAUCCUCGUGUUUUGGAUGCAGUAAGCAGGAUCAGCACAACACUAGCCCAGAUGCUUGGUGGAAUGACCAAGUACCUCUCACGAUGGAAACACAAGUAUCGUGCUCUAUGGCAUUUGCAAAAAGAAAUACGGCUUGAAAAGUUUGCUGCCAAGAAGCCAAGCUGUGUGCAGUUUGACAGUUACUUGCUGUUCUAUUCUGAUAUGGUGGUUGAAGUGUCAAGUCAGCCUGAGACAAAGAAUAUUGACUUUAUUCAACUGCAACUUCAGCCACUCAUUACUACAAUUCAAAGUCAUGCAAAAUCGUGGGUUACAUCUCUGGGAAAGCUUCUCAAUGAAUCUGCAAAACUAUCAUUGUUUGCACUCAAAAGCAAGAUUGAUGGUUUAGACCAUGAUUUGAAACGAGCUCCUGAGACGUUAGAAGAUCUGAAGUUUGUUCUUAGCGUUAUUGCUCAAAUACAUGUCAUGUCACUUGAUGUUGAGCUUUCCUAUGUUGAUAUACAAGAGCGGUAUCGCACGUUGCAGGUGUAUGGUAUUAAUGUACCAGAGAGCGAAUUGGUCCUAGCCUCUGGCAUCACCAAUAUGUGGAAUGAUUUGUUUCAAGAAGCUAGGAGAGUUGACCACAGUCUUGUGGUGGUCAAAAAGAAAUUUACUGAGAUCACUUGUGAGCAAGUUGUUGAGUUUACCAAAGAUGUUGAGGCUCUCUAUAAUCGUUUUCAGUCUGAAGGGCCUGGCACUGUUGGAUCUGACCUGGACAAGGGAGUCGAACUAGUGGCCAGCAUGCUCCAGGAAAUGGAGAAAUUUGAGAGUGAACGUCAGGAACUUGCAAAUGCUGAGAAACUGUUUGGGUUACCUAUUACAAUGUACCCACAGCUACAGGACAUGCAGAAAGAGCUAAGUGGCAUGGAGAAAGUGUUUGAAUUAUAUGAGGCUCAGAAGACUGCUCGUGAGGAAUGGUCUAACACUUUAUGGGCCAAUCUUGACAUCCAGCAAUUGACUGAUGGUAUAGAUGAAUACAUGAGACGAUUAAGGCGGUUUUCAAAAGAACUAAGAGCACUUCCUGUGUUUCAUGUGCUGCAAGAGCGAAUGCAGGCAUUCAAAGACUCAAUUCCACUCUUUGCUGACUUGAAGAAUGAGGCACUGCGUGAUCGUCACUGGAAGAAACUGAUGGAAAUGACAAAAAAAAACUUUGACAUGAACCCUGAGACAUUCACACUUCAGAAUUUGUUUGCCAUGGAGCUACACAACUUUGCUGAGGUGAUUUCUGACAUUGUAACAAGUGCCAUGAAGGAGUUGAGCAUUGAGAAAGGCCUUCAGGAAGUAAAUGACACUUGGCAGAGUAUGCGCUUUAGUGUGCAUCGAUACAUGAAGGGAACUCAGGAGCGUGGGUUUAUUUUAGGAGCAGUUGAUGAAAUAACAACAAUUCUUGAUGAUAAUGCAAUGAACAUACAGAGCAUGUCAGCGUCAUCAUAUGUUGGUCCUUUUCUUGAACAUGUUCAACGGUGGGAAAAGAGACUGUCACACAUCAGUGAAGUGGUGGAUGUGUGGAUGGUUGUGCAGCGAAAAUGGAUGUAUCUUGAGAGCAUCUUCAUUGGUGGAGAUAUUCGUAUGCAGCUACCAGAAGAGGCCAAGAAGUUUGAUAGUAUUGACAAGACAUUCAAGAAAAUCAUGACUGAAACUAAUCAAAAGAGUAAUGUGUUGCAAGCUUGUCAUGCUGAGAAUCGUUUAGAGGAGUUACAGAGUAUUAGUACUGGACUGGAACGUUGCCAGAAAAGUCUUAAUGACUACUUGGAUAGCAAGAGGAAUGCCUUCCCGAGAUUCUUCUUCAUUUCAGAUGAUGAACUUCUUUCAAUCUUGGGUAGUGCUGAGGCAACAUGUGUUCAGGAGCACAUGAUUAAAAUGUUUGAUAACAUUGCUAGUCUUCGCUUUGCCUCUGGAACAGCACAAGAAAUGAUUGCUCAGGCCAUGGUGUCUAGUGAAGGGGAAGAAAUGGAGUUCAAGUCUCCUGUUGCUGCUGAAGGUCGUGUCGAGGACUGGAUGACAAAUGUACUAAAUGAAAUGAGAAAGACAAAUCGACUAAAGACAAAGGAAGCAAUCUUCAAAUAUUGUGCUGAUGACCAGCCAAGGGUAAAGUGGAUGGAAUUAUAUCAAGGAAUGGUUGUAUUGGCAGCUAACCAGGUUUGGUGGACAUGGGAAGUGGAGGAUGUCUUUCGAAAAGUAAAAAAGGGAGAUAAAAUGGCCAUGAAGAUUUACAGCAAGAAGCUGCACUCACAGAUUGAUGAUUUGGUUGUUCAGGUUCGCUCUCCGUUGAGCAAGAAUGAUCGUAAGAAGUUCAACACUGUGCUAAUUAUUGAAGUUCACAAUCGAGACAUUGUUGAUCGGUUUGUUCGUGACAGUAUCAUGGAUGUACGAGAGUUUGAGUGGGAAAGCCAGUUAAGAUUCUACUGGGAGAAAAAGGAGGAUGAGCUGUUUGUUCGUCAGUGCACUGGUCAGUUUGGCUAUGGAUAUGAGUACAUGGGCCUUAAUGGUAGGCUUGUUAUUACCCCACUGACAGAUCGAAUCUACUUGACACUCAGUCAAGCUCUUUCAAUGAGACUUGGUGGAGCUCCUGCUGGUCCUGCUGGUACUGGCAAGACAGAGACUGUGAAGGAUCUUGCGAAAGCUCUUGGUCUAUUAUGUGUUGUGACCAACUGUGGUGAAGGAAUGGAUUUUAAGGCGGUUGGAAAGAUAUUUUCUGGAUUAGCUCAGUGUGGUGCAUGGGGAUGUUUUGAUGAGUUUAAUAGAAUUGAUAUCUCGGUUCUUUCUGUCAUAAGCUCCCAGAUUAAGACCAUUCAGAAUGGAUUACUGAAUGGACUGAAAAAGUUCCAAUUUGAAGGCAGUGAAAUUGCUCUUGAUGAUCGUAUGGGAAUAUUCAUUACAAUGAAUCCUGGAUAUGCUGGACGUACUGAGCUGCCAGAAAGUGUGAAGGCUUUAUUUCGACCUGUUGUGGUCAUUGUCCCAGACUUGAUGCAGAUUUGUGAAAUUAUGUUGUUCUCAGAAGGAUUCUUGAUGGCUCGAGUGCUUGCUAAGAAGAUGACUGUACUUUACAAGCUUGCAAAAGAACAACUUUCUCGCCAAUAUCACUAUGACUUUGGUCUGAGGGCACUGAAGGCUGUGUUGGUGAUGGCUGGUGAGUUGAAACGAGGAUCUCCAGACCUAAAUGAAGAUGUAGUGCUAAUGCGUGCUUUACGUGAUAUGAAUUUGCCUAAAUUUGUUUAUGAAGAUGUUCCACUCUUUAGAGGACUCAUUGCGGAUCUUUUUCCGGGUUUAGAUUGUCCUCGUGUUCGCUACCCAAAGUUUAAUGAUGCUGUUGAGCAAGUUCUUGUGGAUAAUGGCUAUGUGCCUCUUCCACAACAAGCAGACAAAGUGGUGCAGUUGUAUGAGACCAUGUUGACUCGACACACUUGCAUGGUAGUUGGACCAACAGGAGGAGGGAAAUCUGUUGUCAUUAACACGUUGGCUCAAGCUCAAACAAGGCUUAACCUUACAACCAGACUUUAUGUUAUGAACCCCAAAGCUGUCACAGUUAUUGAAUUAUAUGGUAUUCUGGAUCCUGUUACUCGUGAUUGGACAGAUGGUCUUCUUUCCAACAUCUUUCGUGAGAUUAACAAACCAACCGAUAAACAGGAACGCAAAUAUAUUGUAUUUGAUGGUGAUGUGGAUGCCCUGUGGGUGGAGAAUAUGAAUUCAGUUAUGGAUGAUAACAAGCUACUCACUUUGGCCAAUGGAGAACGUAUUCGCCUCCAGAAGCACUGUUCUCUUCUUGUUGAAGUAGCUGAUCUCCAGUAUGCUUCUCCAGCUACUGUUUCCCGUUGUGGCAUGGUUUAUGUUGAUCCUAAAGAUCUCCAGUAUGAACCAUAUUGGGAGAAGUGGACCAAUAGCCGUAAGACUGACAAAGAUGCCCUCUGUGUUUUGUUCAAGAAGUAUGUUCCUGCUUGUAUGGGUUUGAUCAUGGAAGGCAUUGUAGAUGGCAGACCAGGUGAGAAACUGAAAAUGAUUGUUCCUCUCACUGAUCUGAAUAUGGUCACUCAGCUUACAUUUAUGCUUGAUGCUCUUUUGCCUUUGUCUGACACCAGUGUUGGACCCACACUGCUUGAGUGUUACUUUUUGCAAGCUCUUACUUGGUCUCUAGGGGCUGCUUUACUUGAGGAUGGGCGUGUUAAGUUUGAUAGUCUUGUAAAGCGUCUGUCAGGAUUGUCCCAGAAUGAUGGUGACACUUGUCCAUCCACUGAAAUGCCCAGCAAGGAAGACACGCUAUUUGAAUAUUAUUUUGAUUUCGAAGAGCUGUUCUGGAUACCGUGGAAGCAGAAGGUGCCUGACUACGUCCAUGAACCUCGGAAGAGAUACAAUGAGAUUCUUGUUCCAACUGUUGACACUAUUCGUACUACUUGGCUUUUGAACCUGAUGGUCAAAAUACGUAGACCAGUAGUACUGGUCGGAGAAACAGGAACAUCAAAAACAGCAACAACUCAAAAUUUUCUUAGAAAGCUUGACCCAGAAAGUACUCUAGUUCUCAACAUCAACUUUUCUUCUCGUACAACUUCAAUGGAUGUACAACGCAACUUAGAAGCAACCGUUGAGAAGAGAACUAAAGAUUCUUAUGGUCCACCACCUGGAAAGAGACUUCUUGUCUUUGUGGAUGACAUGAACAUGCCACAAGUGGACAUAUAUGGUACUCAACAGCCAGUUGCACUUCUCAAACUUCUUCUUGAUAAAGGUGGUAUGUAUGAUAGAGGUAAAGAUCUGGGCUGGAAGUACAUCAGAGACAUUGGAUAUGUUGCUGCUAUGGGAAAGCCUGGAGGUGGAAGGAACCAAGUGGAUUCUCGCUUUAUUUCUCUUUUUUCAGUAUUUCAUGUUACAUUCCCAUCAGAAGAAUCUCUCUUUCGAAUUUACUAUAGCAUUUUGGAAGGCCAUCUGAGGCCAUUUCCUAAAGCAGUGCAACAGCUUUGCAAACCUCUUACUGAAGCUACCAUGGAAUUGUACAAGUGUGCUGUACGAGAUCUUCCUCCUACACCAUCCAAGUUUCAUUACAUCUUUAAUCUACGAGAUCUUUCUCGUAUCUACCAUGGCUUAACACUCACUGUCACAGACAGGUUUGACUCUCCUGAGAAAUUUGUAAGAGUGUGGCGUAAUGAGUGCUGCCGCAUUUUUUAUGAUCGACUCAUUAAUGAUAAAGAUCGAGAAGUUGUCAAAGGUCACAUUGAAACUCUACUGAAUGAUUAUUUUGCAGAGUAUAUGAAGACUGUUCUUGAAGAGCCUCUUCUUUAUGGAGAUUUUCGUACUGCUCUGAAUCCUGAUCUUUCACGGGUGUACGAAGAUUUGCAAGACUAUGAUGCUACUAGGGCAAUAUUUGAAGAAAUACUGGAGGAUUACAAUGACAGAGUGGCACGUCUCAAUCUCGUUCUUUUUGAAGAUGCUUUAGAACAUCUCUGUCGUGCACAUCGUGUUAUACGAAUGGAUCAAGGUCAUGCACUCCUUGUUGGUGUAGGAGGGAGUGGCAAGCAAAGCCUUACUCGUCUUGCAGCCUUUACUGCUGGCUGUGAUGUGUUUGAGAUCACGUUGAGUCGUGGAUAUGGGGAGAAUGAAUUCCGUGAAGACUUGAAACUUCUGUACAACAAGCUUGGCAUAGAGAACAAGAAAGUAGUGUUUCUAUUUACAGAUGGUCAUGUGGCACAAGAAGGAUUUCUGGAGCUUAUCAAUAACAUGCUCACAUCAGGCAUGGUCCCUGCAUUGUAUGCUGAUGAUGAGAAAGAAGCAAUAGUCGGUCAAAUACGCGAUGAAGUGCAAAAACUGGGUUUAACACCUAACCGUGAGACUGUAUGGAGCCAUUUUGUAAAGAAAUGCUCCAACAACUUACAUGUUGUGCUUGCUAUGUCACCUGUAGGAGAAACAUUAAGAACAAGGUGCAGGAACUUUCCGGGGAUGGUCAAUAGCUGUGUGAUUGACUGGUUUAUGCCAUGGCCAAAGCAGGCAUUAGAAGCAGUUGCCAGUAACUUUUUGGCAGACAAUGACAAAAUACCUGAUGGUAGUCGAGAAGCUGUAGUUAGUCAUGUGGUCUUUGUACAUGAGAGAGUUGGCACAUUUAGUAUUGAGUAUGAGCAAAAAUUGAGAAGAGUUAAUCAUGUGACACCUAAAAAUUAUCUGGACUUUAUCAACAGCUACACUAGACUGCUGGAGGAGAAAGACAAAUUUGUGUUGGAGCAAUGUCAGCGUCUGGAUGGUGGUUUGAGCAAACUUAUCCAAGCAUCAGAGGAUCUGGCAAUAUUAAACAAGAAACUAGAAGAUCAGAAGGUUGCUGUUACUGUGAAAACACAAGCAUGUGAAAAACUGCUGGAAGAGAUCACAGCUCGUACGUCUCAAGCAAAAGAGAAACAGGAAUUGGCAUUGGCCAAAAACAAGGAAUUGGAAGAGCAGAAUGUUGUCAUAGCUGCGGAGAAAUCUGAAGCAGAAACUGCAUUACAGGCAGCUCUUCCUGCUCUUGAGGAGGCACGCCUUGCAUUGAGUGAUCUCGACAGAGGAGAUGUCACUGAGAUUCGGUCUUUUGCCAAACCUCCACUUCCUGUUCAGACCAUUUCUGAGUGCAUAGUUAUUUUGCGCGGGAUCAAGGAAGUUUCAUGGAAGACAGCCAAGAGCAUGAUGUCUGAUCCCAACUUCUUGCAAUCUCUGCAAACGUUGGAUGUAGAUAACAUCACUGGAGGACAAGUGAAGCUUGUACAAUCAUUACUUAAAAGAAUGGAUGUGACAGUGGAUCGAAUGAAAGAGAUUAGUCGUGCUGGAUCAGGAAUGUACAAAUUUGUUAUGGCUGUUGUAGGGUACUGCAGUGUUGCUCGUGACAUAAAACCAAAGAGAGACCAGGUAGCACGACUUGAACGUCAAUAUCAUCAAAGCAAACGGGAGUUGGAUCGAAUUCAAAGGGAAGUACAAGCCAUUGAACAAGAGCUUGAAUCAUUGGGCAAACGUUAUGAAGAUGCAAAGAAAGAGCAACAGGCUUUGCAGAAUGAAGCUGAAAUUAUGGAGAGACGGUUGAUUGCUGCAGACAAGCUCAUAUCAGGAUUGGGAUCAGAGAAGACUCGGUGGAGUGAAGAGCUUGCAGAAUUGAAACAACGACGCAUUCGCUUAUUAGGAGACUGCCUGCUUGCUGCAGGCUUUCUUAGCUAUCUGGGUGCUUUCAACUGGGACUUUCGGUAUCGACUGAUACACCAGCAGUGGGAAAAAGACAUCUUGGCAAGAGACAUACCACUUAGUCAGCCAUUUAAACUGCAAUUCUUGCUGACAAAUGAAGUAGAAGUGAGCAGGUGGAACUCUGAAGGUCUGCCGCCUGAUGAACUCUCUAUUCAGAAUGGCAUUUUGACCACUAAUUCCAGUCGAUUUCCUUUAUGCAUUGAUCCACAGGAGCAGGCACUAAACUGGGUUAGAAAGAAAGAAGCCAACAACAAUCUCAAGGUUUGCACAUUUAAUGAUCCUGAUUUUUUGAAGCAACUGGAGUUGGCAAUUAAGUAUGGCUUUCCUUUUCUCUUCAAAGAUGUUGAUGAAUACAUUGAUCCUGUCAUUGACAAUGUGUUGGAGAAGAGUAUCAAAGGUGCUGGAAAUCGUCGCUUUGUUAUCUUGGGUGACAAGGAAGUCGACUAUGACCCCAACUUCAAACUCUACUUGAACACCAAAUUGGCCAAUCCAAGAUAUACUCCAGCCGUAUUUGGCAAGGCAAUGGUGAUCAAUUAUACUGUCACUCUGAAAGGAUUGGAAGAUCAACUACUCAGUGUUAUCGUUGGAUAUGAAAGACGGGAACUAGAGGAAGAGCAUGAAAAGCUAAUUCAAGAAACAAGUGAUAACAAGAAACUUUUGAAGGAUUUGGAGGACACCCUUUUGAGAGAGCUGGCUACUUCAACUGGAAACAUGUUGGAUAACACAGAACUUGUCCAGACACUGGAGGAUACCAAAUCCAAAGCUACAGAAGUGUUUGCAAAGUUGAGACAAUCAGCUGUGACAGCUGCUGAUAUUGAAAAGGUUCGAGAUGGCUACCGUCCUGCAGCUCGUCGGGGUGCUGUACUCUUUUUUGUAUUAGCUGAAAUGGCAGCUAUUAACACAAUGUACCAGUACUCACUAAGUGCUUAUCUGGAAGUGUUCAAUCACUCACUACGAAAGAGUCUUCCAGAUUCUCUUUUGCAGAAACGACUCAAGAAUAUAAUUGAUACUCUGACAUACAACGUAUACAACUAUGCUUGUACAGGUCUGUUUGAAAGUCACAAGCUUCUCUUCUCUUUUCAAAUGACCAUAAAAAUUCAGGAAGCCGAAGGAACAUUAAACCUCGAUGAGCUGGAUUUCUUUGUGAAAGGUAACAUGUCACUGGAGAAAAGCCGCCGUACUAAACCUCAUUCAUGGAUUCCAGACCAGGGAUGGGAAGAUAUUCAGCGUCUAGUUAGCAUCAUGCCUGACACGUUUGGCUCUCUGUCAGAUGAUAUAGAGAAAGGGGAGAAGGCAUGGAAGGCUUGGUUUGAUCAGGAUGCCCCUGAAAUUGCCUCAUUUCCUGGUCGAUACAAAGAAUCUCUCAGUGACUUUCAGCAGUUGCUUUUACUACGAUGCUUUCGCAUUGAUCGUGUUUACAGGGCAGUUACCAACUUCGUCACAGGACGAAUGGGUGAGAAGUACGUAACUCCACCAGUCGUCAGCUUUGAAGCUAUUCUUGACCAGUCAGCACCAUACUCUCCUAUUGUGUUUAUUCUCAGUCCAGGUGCCGAUCCUGCUGCUGAUUUACAGAAAUUGGCUGAAAGGUCUGGAUUUGGAGGAAACAGACUGAAGUUUCUUGCCAUGGGUCAGGGACAAGAGAAGGUGGCAUUACAGCUACUAGAGACGGCAGUCAGCCGAGGACACUGGCUAAUGUUGCAAAAUUGCCACUUGUUGGUGCGAUGGCUCAAAGAUCUGGAGAAAGCUUUAGAAAGAGUCACAAAACCUCAUCCUGACUUCCGGCUGUGGUUGACAACAGCACCAACUCCUGAAUUUCCUAUUGGCAUACUUCAACGGUCACUAAAGGUUGUGACAGAGCCUCCUAAUGGUUUGAAGCUUAACCUGCGUAACACGUACCACAAAAUUACCCAUUCUGCUCUCAACAACUGCCCACACCCAAAAUUUUCAUCCCUUGUAUAUGUGCUGGCAUUUUUCCAUGCCGUAGUGCAGGAGAGACGAAAGUAUGGCAAAAUAGGGUGGAAUGUCCCUUAUGACUUUAAUGAGUCUGACUUCCGUGUGUCUAUGCAGCUGAUGGACACUUACUUGACUAAAUCAUUUGAAAACAAUGAUGACAAGAUACCAUGGAACAGUCUCAAGUAUCUUAUAGGAGAAGUGAUGUAUGGAGGACGAGCUAUUGAUGAUUUCGACAGACGAGUGCUGACAACCUACAUGGAUGAAUACAUGGGAGACUUUAUCUUUGACACAUUUCAGCCAUUCCAUUUUUACAAAAAUGAAGAGGUUGAUUACUGCAUUCCUGAAGGAAGCCAUAAAGAUGCUUAUGUUGAUGCUAUUGAGCUGCUGCCAUUAGCAAACACACCAGAGAUAUUCGGACUGCAUUCCAAUGCUGAGAUCAGUUACUAUACACUUGCUGCUAAAGACAUGUGGAAGCAACUAGUGGAGCUUCAACCACAGACUGGGCAAGGAACCACAGGGGUUAGUCGAGAAGGGUUCAUUGCAGGAGUGGCAUCAGACAUUCAGAGUAAGCUGCCUCCUCAGUUUGAACUAGACCGCAUAAGAAAAAAGUUGGGCCAACUGUCUCCAACGUCAGUAGUCCUGUUGCAGGAGCUAGAGCGUUGGAAUAAAUUGGUGAAGAGAAUGAGUCUUUCACUUGUACAACUGCAAAGGGCUCUUAUUGGAGAAGUAGGUAUGAGCAAUGAACUAGAUGAAAUAGCACGCAGUCUCUUUAAUGGACAGAUUCCUUCCAUAUGGCAAGCUCUUGCUCCGGCUACUCUGAAAUCGCUUGGCAAUUGGAUGAUCCAUUUUCAGAGCAGAUAUGCCCAAUAUUCCAAAUGGGUGAAUGAUGGCGAGCCAUUUGUCAUGUGGCUGUCUGGUCUUCAUAUACCCGAGUCUUACCUGACAGCAUUGGUUCAAACCACUUGUCGAAUGAAAGGAUGGCCACUAGACAGAUCAACUCUCUACACAACAGUCACUUCAUACACUAGCCCCGAUGACAUCACAGAAAAGCUUCAUUCAGGAUGCUACGUGCAAGGUCUGUUUUUGGAUGGAGGAGCAUGGAACCUGGAGGAUGCUUGUCUUGCACGGCAACCACCCAAGCAGCUCAUUCAGGAGCUUCCCAUUCUACAGGUUAUUCCUAUUGAAGCUCAUCGCUUAAAACUAGGGAACACGUUCCGGACUCCCGUGUAUGUCACAAGUCAAAGAAGGAAUGCCAUGUCGGUUGGUCUUGUGUUUGAAGCAGAUUUAUACACCACAGAACAUAUCUCCCAUUGGGUAUUACAAGGUGUCUGUCUCAUUCUCAACACGGAUUAAUCGCAAUGCCACUCGUGUAUUGACACGCAACUAUAGAUAUCACAUAUUAGUUCAUCAUGGAGAUAAGGAUAUGGAACUGUGGGGACUACAUUGGGUCUAUACGUGCAUUAUAGUCUGUACUGAUGAGUGGAUCAUUCUAAGGUCACAUUUGGGUUGCAGUAGAGCUGGUAUCGUGUAUUAUUAGUACCUUUUACCACAACUACACAGUAAUGCAUUACUAUUUAAUUA